AUGAGUUUCCUGCGGGACUCCCUCCACCUCAACCGAGAGUCUACUAAGGCAAUCAUCAAAUACCUCGAAACCACCGUAGCCGAGCAACAGCUAUUGGACGAAGACCGUCUGGACCUUCUCUCGUACGAAUACUGGGAUAAUGAUGAGCCCGAGGAGCCUUACAUGGCCUACAAAGAUGGUAUGUUCCAUCCUGUCAAACUUGGCGAUCAGCUUGGAGACGGGAAGUACACUAUCGUGAACCAACUUGGAAACGGCUCCUUCUCGACAGUAUGGCUUGCACACAACGCCAAGACAGGGAAGAAGGUUGCUGUGAAGAUUUGCGUUCCCAAGAGCAAAAGUAUACCGGCUGGAAAUGAGACUCGUAUCUCGAAGCUCCUUCAAGAGGACUCGGCCCAUCCUGGUUAUCGCGUUAUAGGCUGCUACGACGAUGUCUUCCUUCACCAUGGACCCAAUGGUACCCACGAAUGUCUCGUCAGCGAGCCGACACGUGCCACGAUAUCGGAGAGCAAGUUCAGAGGAUUCGUUUUCCCUACCAGUAUCGCACGAGCGUUAUGGAAAUUGCUAUAG